UAGGGCAUAAACUCAACGGCUAUCCGUAUUUCCAAUUCGUCUCGCUAUUUAUCUGACUCUGAGAGCUUAAAAGGCGAAUUCAACUUGCAGUCGAUUCCCCGGGGAAUUGAACGAUUCCAUCGCGUCCUAAAUCGACGAUGCUUUCUGCGGGGCAGCUUAUAUGGGUCUCCUUCCGACCUCUGUUACGACUGGUCAUGAACGUACUUGGAGGCUUCAUUAUCGCAAAAGCAGACAUCUUCCCAGCGGUCGCUGCAAGAGGCGCUGGACAAGUCGCGUUGAAUAUUACAAUGCCAUGCCUCAUGUUUUCAAAAAUGGUCCCAGCUUUCUCCUCAAGCAAUAUCAGCGUUUUAGGACCGCUGUUUGUAAUUGGCGCUAUCUACCAGUUUAUAGGUAUUGGCCUGGCUUGGCUGAUAAAGCAGUUCUUCUGGGUUCCACAUCGCUUCCGCUAUGGCAUGCUUGCUGCUGGUGGAUGGGGGAAUUACGGUGACAUUCCGACCGCUGUUAUUAUGAGCAUCACUGGAGCUGCACCUUUCAACGGCGUGGAAGACCAAGACCUCGCCGUAGCCUACAUCUCGGCGUUAAUCCUGUAUUACAUGUUCACGUUCUUUCCGUUGGGUGGGAACAGGCUAAUCGCAUUGGAUUUCAAAGGACCCGAAGUCGAGUCCGAAGAAGUUCAAGAAAGUAUCCGUACACGACGAAAAUUCAUUCUCCACGGUUUUCCCAAAGCUCUGAAGGAGAAAGUGCUACAUCGCGGAGCUCAUCCUAAGGAUGAUUGUGAAAAUCAGGUCGAGAGCACGGAAAUGGUACGGAACGAAAAGGCGACCAGUGAACUCGUCGACCCUCAACUUCGCCCCGGACGGAAUGUUUCAUUCCACGAAGACGCGACGAUCGUGGCUUCAUCGGGAGCUGUUCAGCCCAUAAAGAGGAUUCCCCCUCCUCUCCCCCGUCUCCAAUUAACCUCGAAUCUUCAUCCUAUAUCGCGUCGAUGGAAGACUAUUCUGCUUACCGUGCGUACAGCUGUUGAGUCUCUUUGCAUGCCGGCAUCUCUAGCUAUCAUUAUAUCCUUCGUCAUCGCACUCAUCACCCCCGUCAAAGCACUUUUUGUUCAGGUCGACGGUUAUUAUAUGCCCUCGGCACCUGAUGGUGAACCACCUUUAGCGUUCAUCAUUGAUUUUGCAGAGUUCAUGGGUGCAGCUUCUGUUCCUCUCGGUUUGAUAUGUUUGGGUUCAGCGCUGGCGCGGUUGAACGUUCCCCGAAGUCAGUGGUCGAAUAUGCCAUUAGGAGCUAUUCUCUCUCUAGCGGUUGGACGCAUGGUUAUUAUGCCGGUGUUGGGCGUGUUGAUCUGCAAAGGAUUGAUACACGUUGAUUUUAUCUCAAAAGACGACAAGGUGCUGCAAUUUGUGUGCAUCUUCUUCUCCUGCCUUCCGACAGCGACGACCCAAGUUUUCGUGACCCAGGUGUACAGCGGAACAGGGAGUGCAGAUCACUUGCCUGCGUUUCUUAUACCGCAAUAUCUCCUCAUGUUUCUAUCAAUGACGGCUCUUUCUGCUUUUACCCUCCAAUUACUAUUUUGAUAUUUCUCUGUCGUUUUGUUGUAGAGAUUACGCGUCGGUUUUUCUCAGGG